AUGGAUAAAGAACACCAGCCCGAUAAGAACUAUAUGUUUUCUCCUCUUGCCUUAUAUUUCCGUCACCAAGAAUAUCCAGCUGCAAGGAAGGGUAAGAAAACUAUGAUCGGUCACAAUGGCUGGCUUGAAAUCACAGAGCGAUCCAGUUGCCGUAAUAAACAAACAUCACCGAAGAAGACAGGCAUUCUAGAUGGCAUUAGGAAGAUUGCCAAAGAUAUAGUACACCAAAGCCGACGAUUGCAGCCGGCUGUGAAGGGAUCAACAGAGCUACACGGGGCCGUUUCACUCGAGCCUCGAGAACAGAGUCUUUUGUAUUGUGAACUAGAAUUCAAUCUUUCAACGGCUUUAAACGCAUAUAUUAGCAACCAGCUUGAGAAACCCCAUCUCUCUCCUGACAACCUGAAGAAAAUCUCAGAUGCGUGGCACCAACGAGGCUAUCCCAGAGUAAUCGGCUUUAGAUACGAUUUAGAGACACAGCUAGAGCUCGUCAGUCUUCACAUCAAUGAGUUUAGCUUCUAUGGCCGCCGGCAAGGUAACGCUACUGAGAUCAGCCUUUUGCUGAACGAGAUGAAGAUGAACGCACGCAACAUGCGUGUCCGGACAUAUUGCCAACUAGACUCCACUAUAGCCAAGCACCUAAUUGACUCGCAGUCACUGUUCAACUUGAUAAAUGCAACAGCAAGCCAGCAGACCGCCCUUGCAGAAAUCGCACAGUUUUUUAAGCUAGUUAUAAACUAA